CCUUUGUUCCAUCCUCCUUUGACAUGUUCGUCGGACCGCCUUCUUGCCUCGCUUCCCGGCCCGGCUCCGGUCAUGUGUCAGUCGGGACAGUGGCUUGCUUCCUGGUGUACGGGAACGGCCGUCCUUCCCCGAUCCCUGUACGAGCUGCGGUCCCCGGCUCCCUUCUCUUGGCAACCCUAGUCAUGCUGCAGUCCUCUCAGUUCAACCUGUCGCUUUCGCAGGGGUUCAGGGUCUUGUUCUACGGGCUGACCCCCAGCGAAUCCUCCUGCAGCGACCUCCAGGAGGUGCAGGACUACGUGCAACAGGCGAUACCCUACUUUGUUGGACUGAUGGUCAUAGAGCUAACAAUUACCUGGUUUCGGAAGGGUCAGAUGGUAUUUAGGGUGAAUGAUGCACUAACGUCCAUCAGUGCAGGAAUUAUCUCAAAGCUUCCAGAGUUAUUUGGGAGAGGCAUUGAACUGACUGCUUAUAUCUAUAUCUGGGAGAACUUUAGACUCUAUGUACUUCCUUGGAAUUCGUCUUGGACUUGGUGGUUGGCAUUUAUAGGAGUUGAUUUUGCUUAUUAUUGGCUUCAUCGAAUGUCACAUGCUUUCUUUGCCUGGAUGAUCGGAGGGAAGACAUAUAGCAACAUGGAGAAUUUUAAAAUAAUUCCCCAAGAAGUGAAUGUCAUGUGGGCAGCACACCAAGUACAUCACAGCUCUGAAGACUACAAUCUGUCUACAGCCCUUCGACAGUCUCUAUUACAGAAAUACUUUUCCUGGGUCUUUAACCUUCCAAUGGCUCUCUUCAUACCUCCAUCAGUAUUUGCUGUACAUAUCCAGUUUAACCUGCUAUAUCAGUUCUGGAUUCACACAGAGAUAAUUGGUAACCUUGGGCCUCUGGAACUGAUCCUCAACACACCCAGUCACCACAGAGUCCACCAUGGCCGAAAUCCAUACUGCAUUGACAAGAAUUAUGCUGGGACUCUAAUCAUUUGGGACAGGAUAUUUGGUACCUUUGAACCAGAAAAUGAAAAGAUCAUCUAUGGCUUAACUCACCCAAUCAAUGCAUUUGAACCCCUCUGGGUGCAGUUCCAUCACCUUAUUUACAUUUGGAAGACAUUUUGGGCUACCCCUGGCAUUAGCAACAAAAUUUCUGUUGUCUUCAAAGGACCUGGAUGGGAGCCAGGCAAACCAAGACUUGGUAACCAUGAAGAUCUUCCUGCAAUUAGUGGAAAGGAGACUCCACACAAUCCUCAAAUCCCUGUUUGGCUACAGGUCUAUGCAGUGCUGCAUUCUUUCUUUAUUCUGGGCCUUUACUUGCAGAUAGUUGCCAAUAAAUCAGUUGUAUCAGAAACAACAAUCCUCUUAGGAAUUGGUUAUAUCAUCCUGACACUGACUUCUAUUGGAUUAAUGAUGGAGAAUAGAACUGAAGUAAAUAUUCUGGAAUUCAUCCGAUGCUCUGCUUUCCUCUUUCUUCAUGAACUGAGUUCCUUGACUGGCCCUUUUAAACUAAUGAUUAAAGUUGGAUUUUCUUUAUGUUCGGUAUACUGGGGUUUACGAAGUGUAAUUAAAUUCUAAUGGCUACCAAUGGAUCCAAGAAACGGAGUGAGGGUGAUCAUAUGCCACAACAUGGUCAGUUCCAGCAUAUACGUACUGCUCACCAGUCCUUGGACAGCAACAUGUCUUCAGAUAAAUUAAUAAUCAAAAUAUUGUACAUUAUGGCAUUUUACAAAGAAGAAACAAAAUAAUUUCUUUAACUGUAAAUGUUCUGUAAUAGAGAAUCAGAAAUUAAGAAUAAUAAUAGAUGUAUUUGAUAUAAGAAGGCAGAAGGUUUUACAUUGCAGUGUAUAUUAUAUACACCAAUUGUACUAAAUCUUGUAAAAUUUGAGUAAAGAGCUUAUGCAUAUAUGGGAGUUUUUAUGUGAUUGAAUGACAGCAAUGUAAUUUUUAUAUCAAAAUAAACUAUUCAUAAUGAUA